UGUCAAUUGUGGAUAACGUUCGUCUAACACUGAUUUUCGGAUAUGAUCCACAUCGUCGCCAUGAAGUUUGGCGAUUCAUUACACCUAUGCUUGCUCACAAUGGACAACUGCAUCUACUGUGUAAUGUGAUUUUCCAAUUGAUUGUCGGUGUUCUUCUUGAAAUUGUGCAUGGUUGGAAACGUAUCGGUAUAAUCUACGUCUCAUCCGUACUUGGUGGAUCGUUGUUUAUUACGGUAUUAAGUCCUCAGUCAUAUGUUGUUGGUGCUUCAGCUGGUGUUUAUGGGCUGCUGUUUUCGCAUCUGUCUACCAUAAUAAUAAAUUGGAACGAAAUGGACAGAAAGUGCUGUCGAGUAUUUUGGCUCUUAGCCUACGUAUUUUAUGGCAUCGGCCGUAGUGUAUACGUGAACGUGAUCCUCAAUACACAGACGAAUAUAAGCCAUGCCGGUCAUUUUGGUGGUGCGAUAACGGGGUUUUUGGUGUCAAUUUUUGUACUGAAAAAUUUCGAAAAACAUCCAUGGGAAGAGAAAAUGCAAAAAGUCUGUGUGAGAGUCGUUGUGGCUCUUGCUGUUAUUAUAAUCGUUAUCAAUGUGACCGCAUGGGGGUUGUAUGCUCCAACGGAGUUCAAUUUCAAUUACAUGGACUCCUACGAAAGAUAUCUUUUUAAAAAGACUGUGGAAAGACCACAAGAUUCUAAGCUUCGUACCAUAUGUGAAGAGAAUGAACAUUGUAAGCAACUACUGGACCAACUAAACUAUAAUGGCACAAUCAGUGGUACUUAAAACGGAGACUGUAUAAAGAAAUUGACUGAAACUUUGAUGACUAUUAGACUCAAGUGUUACUUUUCAUAC